AUGUGUUCUUCUGUGUGUUUGAAUUCCAGCAUGGAGAUCUGUGAUCCAAAGAACAACAUCACCAUGUGUCCCCUGUGUGACAGAGUGUGUAGCUACUGGAAACUCAGUACGGCAUGUGGAACUGCUCGUGCCAGUCACCUGUUUGACAACCCAGCCACGGUUUUCUUCUCCAUAUUUAUGGCGCUGUGGGCUGCCAUGUUUAUGGAGCACUGGAAAAGGAGGCAGAUGAGACUAAACUAUGAAUGGGACCUCACUGGGUUUGAAGAUGAAGAGGAAGCAUUGAAGGAUCAUCCCAGGGCUGAAUAUGAAUUCAGAGUGAUGCAGAAGUCCCUGAAGAAAGAAAAAAAAUCCCCACAGAAGAUGGAAAAGCUCACAUGUAGAGACCGCCUUCCUGCAUACAUGACUAAUAUUGUCAUGAUGCUGCUGAUGAUCGGGGUUACGUUUGCCAUUGUGUUUGGUGUGAUUCUUUACCGGAUUUCCACCAAAGCUGCUCUAUAUAUGAGCUCCAGUCCAACCACAAGAAGCCACGUACAACUGACAGUAAAAACCACUGCAGCCAUCAUUAACCUAGUGGUCAUUCUGAUCCUGGAUGAAGUGUAUGGAGCUGUGGCUCGCUGGCUUACUGUCCUAGAGGCCCCUAAAACGGAAAAGAAUUUUGAGGAACGGCUGAUUUUUAAGACUUUCAUUCUCAAGUUUGUCAACGCGUUUACCCCAAUCAUCUACAUCGCUUUCUUCAGGGGAAGACUGGUGGGCAGACCAGGCAGAUAUUUAUAUGUGUUUGAGUCUUACAGAAUGGAGGAGUGUUCUGAUGGAAGCUGUCUGAUGGAGCUAUGUAUCCAGCUGAGUAUUACCAUGUUGGGAAAGCAACUCAUUCAAAAUAACCUUUUUGAGAUUGGAAUACCCAAACUGAAGAAGCUAAUUCGAUACAUUCAGUCGGAACAAGGAGCAUUUCAAGAAGAAGAGAGACAAAAGAAACUGCGGAGAUAUGAGACAGACCACUUCUUGGAACCGUUUGGUGGACUGACACCUGAAUAUAUGGAAAUGAUUAUCCAGUUUGGUUUUGUCACAUUGUUUGUAGCAUCCUUCCCUCUUGCUCCUCUGUUUGCUCUGCUCAACAACAUUAUCGAAAUACGGCUUGAUGCUAAGAAAUUUGUGACUGAGCUGCGAAGACCAGUGGCAGCAAGAGCCAAAGAUAUUGGUAUAUGGUAUGACAUUCUGAGAGGAGUAGCAAAAGUUGCUGUCAUCAUUAAUGUAAGUAAAACUAAACAUACCUAUCUGUAUGUAUAAAUGUUUUGGGUCAAACUAUGAUCAAAUGAAAUAUGUUUCUAUAAGUGACAACUUUCAGUAGAGGAAAGAGACUAUAGAACUAGGAAGGAGGAGGAAGAACAUAGAUGCAGAAUUAAGGCAAAAGUGAAGCCAAAGGUAAUCUGAGUGGCAGGAUCUCUACUCCACUUUUAUAAUUUUUCUUAUAGAUUCCUGCUACAAGAUUGUUGGUUACGUAUUGUAACCCCAGAUUCUAUUUCGUAUAGGCUUCGCCCUUUAAGGCUAUCGCUAGUGGGUUAACGGCAAAGCAGGAUGU